AGGCGUAAAUACUGGUGAUGCUUUCGUUGUACGACCGGGUACGAGCAUACGCGUCUUACUCGGUCACGUGAUAUACCCUACACUGCAAACACCACGACAAAGCCCUGGAGGCGUCGCCAAUCGUGCGGAACCAAUGCCAAAACCCCGCUCUGAACCCCGCAGGACCCUGCAUUAAGGGGAAGCUACGCCUAGUUUGACGUCAUUGUUUCCGGUUCUGAAUCAGAUCAAAACAUCCACAAGUUUCAUGCAAUCAGUUCGCACAAACAUUCGACGACUUCCGCAACACCUCCACCGCAUCACCAAGCCUUCGACGAUCAGCCUCACUAAGCCAAGCAUCACCACUACUACUCCAUCAACUCGUCGACACUUCCACCUCUCACCAGCAACAAUGUCUCUGUUCCCCCGCUUCACUCAGGAAAUCUCCCCCCUCUUCCGCCUCUUCGACGACUACGAGCGUCAACUCCAGAGCUUCGACAACCGUCUCCGCUCCUUCAGCCCCAAGUUCGACGUCAAGGAGACCAGGGAUGCCUACGAACUUCACGGCGAAUUCCCCGGCGUCGAGCAAAAGGACAUCAACAUUGAGUGGACGGACCAGAACACCCUGACCAUCCACGGCCGUCACGAAGAGGUCAAGGAGCGCGGACAACGUCCUCAGGGCUUCAUCGAGGAGGAGGGCAAGAAGAAGGAACGUCAGCCUAGUGUCGAGGAAGAGGGUGCCGAGCAAACUCAGGUUGCGAAGACGGGAACGAAGGAGGUCGCCAAGAGGGGAGAGCCCGAGACCAAGUACUGGGUCAGCGAGCGCUCGGUUGGAGAGUUCCAUCGCUCGUUCGCUUUCCCUGCGGCUGUUGAUCAGGACAAUGUCAAGGCCAGCCUCAAGAACGGCAUUCUCAGCAUCAUCGUCCCCAAGUCCAGGGCUCCUCAGCCUAGGCGCAUCCAGAUCGAGUCGUAAGGGACUUCGGGUGCCUUCAUGGGUUACGACUUUACGACGUCACGACUUUGCAACCUUUGCGAGUUCAGCGAUGGCGAUGGAUUGAGAGGAAAAUGGAUGCGAAUGAGGGAGUAAUUGCAUUAGUGUACCGGAUGGACGGGUUUUCGGACCAUGGAUAAGUGAUUGCAUCUUUCGUCUUCGACGACUGCUCUUCCUCUCUACUCUACCUUUCCUUCUCUUCUCUGUACCUUUUAUGGUUGGGGAGUGAGUGAUUGGAGAUUAUGAAGCAGGUUUCUGUGUGAUAGUUCAAUAAAGGACUUUUCUAAUUUCAUAUUCUGA